GAGGCGUGUGUCUAUUCGGUGACGUCACAGCCUCACGCAAUGUCUGUUACAUCAUUGAAGGCGAGCCGGUUUACUUCCCCUGAUUUGCGACCCCAGAGACUUCGAAAGCUGGAAAAGUACUUGACUAUUUCACUCCAGUAUCGUUACGCCUUACAGUCAAAAUGUCAACCUACGACGAGAACGAGUCUAAAUUGAUGAGAAAAGCCAAAGAGAAUCCUUUUGUUCCUGUGGGAAUGGCUGGCUUCUUCGCCAUUGUUGGCUACAGACUGUGGAAAAUGAAAAGCCGCGGAGACACAAAGAUGUCAGUGCACUUGAUCCACAUGCGUGUGGCCGCCCAAGGCUUUGUGGUGGGAGCCAUGACUAUUGGUGUCUUGUUUUCUAUGUACAGGGAUUAUUUUGCAAAGCCUAAAGAAACUCAGGAGGCACAAUCCAAGUGAACAUUGACUUCCUUAAGUCUAAUGUUGCUUAGUAUUACCUCACAUUAUGAUCUGUACAAGGUUUAUAUUUACAGGUGGACCGCACAGAUGAUAUGCUUAUUCUUUUGAGCACUGUACCUCAGCUGUAAAAGACCUUCUCUCUAUGUCACCUUUUCUGCACAUUUGCAGUUAUUGGUUGUUUUUUUUUAAUUAGGGGCAUAUUGUAUAGUGUGGAAGUAAUAUACAUAUAUGAAAUAUAUUUAUAACAUUUAACAUUGCGUGUGUGUGAGCUACAAUAGAAUUUUAUUUUAAAAGACUGACCGCUUUUAGUUCCCUUGAUUGACUGUUUGUCACUGUACUACUAAUGUAGGAAUUUUUGCCAAAUGAAACCCGCUCUCACCUUAGCCCCCUUUGGGCUUCCAUUAUAUGGUAUUUAUUCAAACCAACAAAAACAUACUGUCUCAUUGUCCAUCCAUCCAUUUUCUACCGCUUGUCCCUUUAGGGCGACCCGGGGGGUGCUGGAGCCAAUCUCAUAGUGUUUUAUUUAAGUACAUUUAUUCAGACAUCAAAUUUUAUUCACUGGGCUUGACUGUAAAGGGUGAGUUCUUAAAACAUGUAUUCAUUGACAUAGGUCCAAGGUAAUCUUGAUGAGCAAACCUAUUGGUACUAUACAGUUGAAUAAUAGUGUUUUUCAACCACUGUGCCACGGCACACUAGUGUACCGUGAGAUAUUGUUUGGUGUGCCGUGGGAGAUUAUCUAAUUUCACCUAAUUGGGUUAAAAAUAUUUUUUGUAAACCAGUAAUUAUAAUCCGCAAAUGUGCCGUUGUUGAGUGUCUGUGCUGUCUAGAGCUCGGCAGAGUACCAUGUUAUACUCUUCCAUAUCAGUAGGUGGCAGCAGGUACCUAAUGGCUUUGUAGAUGUCGGAAACAGCAGGAGGCAGGCAGCGUGCAGGUAAAUAAGGUAUUUAACGCUUAAACCAACAAUAAACAAGGCGAAUGCUGCUAAGAAAAGGCAUUGAAGCUUAGGGAUGGCUAUGCAAAACGAAGCUAAAACUGAACUGGCUGCAAAGUAAACAAAAACAGAACGCUGGACGACAGCAAAGACUUGCAGUGUGUGGAGCAGACGUCGUCCACAAAUUGCAUCCGUACAUGCCAUGACAAUACCAAAAUAGGAGCGCAAGACAAAAACAAACACUACACGGAGGAAAACACCAAAAAAAUUCUGAAUAAGUCACAGCGUAAUGUGACAGGUCGUGACAGUACACCUUCUUUGACACACGAGCUAGAGUGAUGCAUAGUUUGAAUUCAUAUCCAACAAUUGCGAGAACGACUUUUUACUGUCAAUAUCGGCUGCUGAAUUUCAUUUUUUUUUGUUUUCUGCUGGUGUGCCUCGGGAUUUUUUCAAUGAAAAAAAUGUGCCGUGGCUCAGAAAAGGUUGAAAAACACUGGAAUAAUACACUGUAACUAUAGGCUACUAGAUAACCACUUAUUUAAAUGGCACAGCUAAUUCUGUGAUACACAUACAAUGCCUUAUGAGUAAC